CGCUUGGUUGUCAACAACAUCGGCAGGAGAAGAAUGCUGGAGUUUGCUGCAGUGAGCUGAGCAGUUGUGAUUUGAAUUGUGUCUUGAAGGAAGAAGAAUUUGAAGAGGAUAUUUGUCCAAGACAGGAAGUAAAAAGGGAAGAAGAGCCUCAUGACAUCAAACAGGAAGACUCUACAGAGUUGAAACAGGAAGUGAAAGAAGAACAGGGAGGAGAACCUAGUGUUGCGGACCACAUCAAACUAGAAGGAGAGUCCAGCGUUCUGGAACAUGGGGGAGAAGAGUCCAGUGUUCUGGACCAUGGGGAAGGAGCUUUUAUUCUUCUGGAACACUGCUAUGCAGCACCCCAUUGGGCCAUGUCUGUGAAGGACACCAAAGAAGAAGACACAGACAUUCUCCCUAUGGAUUCUACAGCAGCAGAGAUCUCUGUAAUGUUAGAAGAAGAAGAAGAAGAAGAAGAAGAAGAAGAAGAAGAAGAAGAAGAAGAGGAAGAGGAAGAAGAAGAAGAACAUGUCUCUACUUGUACAGGGGAUCCACAAAGGAAGCAAUUUAGGACAAUGUGCAAAACUUUGGAGAAAAGAAGAGGAAAACCGCCCUAUGAUUAUUCUGAGUGUGGAGAGACCUUUACUGAGAGGCAAUGUAUCAAAGUACACCAGAGAGCUGACGGACCUUUUAGCUGUACAAAAUGUGGGAUGGCAUUCAAACACAUAAAUAAUUUAAGAAUGCACCACAAAACUCACAUUGUGAAGAAGCCUUUUGAGCCUCUGACAAGUGGUUUCACGUCAUAUCAGUGUACUACAUGUGGAGAGGUCUUUUCAUGCAGACGGAAUCUCAAAAUACACCAGAGAAGUCAGUGUACUACAUGUGGAGAAUCCUUUUCAUGCCGCUGGAAACUCAAAAUGCACCAGAGAACCGAUCCAGGAGUUAAGCCUUACCAGUGCACCACAUGUGGAAAAGGUUAUACACCCAAAAGUCAUCUAGACAGACAUCAACGAUACCAUACAGGGGAAAAGCCUUACCACUGUAACGUAUGUGGUAAGGGCUUUGCAAAGAAAGAUCACCUUAAUGAACACCAGAGAAUUCAUACUGGAGAAAAGCCUUACCAGUGUGCUACAUGUGGGAAGGCAUUUUCAGCAAGAGGUAAACUUACAAGUCACCAAAGAAUCCAUACUGGAGAAAAGCCUUAUCAUUGUAAUGUGUGCGGAAAGGCUUUUCUACAAAGCAGUGGUCUCCAUUAUCAUCAGAGAACCCAUACUGGAAAAAAGCCUUACCAGUGUACUAUAUGUGGAAAGAGCUUUGCACAGUCUGGAAACUUGAAGGUUCAUCAGAGAACUCAUACUGGGAAAAAACCAUACCAGUGUACUACAUGUGGAAAGAGCUUUGCACAUUCAGGAAACUUGAAGGUUCAUCAGAGAACUCAUACCGGAGAAAGACCUUACCAGUGCACCAUAUGUGGGAUGGCCUUUUCAAAGAAAGAUGGUCUCGAAAGUCACCAGAGGAUCCAUUCUAAAGAAAAGCCUAAAGAAAAGGUUCAUCAGAGAACUCAUACUGGAAAAAAAACAUACCAGUGUACUACAUGUGGAAAGAGCUUUGCACAUUCAGGAAACUUGAAGGUUCAUCAGAGAUGCCAUACUGGAGAAAAGCCUUACCAGUGUAACACAUGUGGAAAAGCCUUUGUAAACAAGUCUGGUCAAAUCCGCCAUCAGAGAACCCAUAUGAGAGAACAUCCAUUCCAGUCAAAGGCCUUUGGAGAUUUUAAGAAGUUAAGAUUCAUCAGAGAAGACAUGCCGGGGGAAAUCAUCUUAGUCUCCAUCAGAACACCCAUACAGGGGAAAAGCCUUACCAGUGUACCACAUGUGGAAAGGCAUUUGGAGACAAGUGGCAUUUAAACUGCCAUCAGAGAAUUUGACACAUUAGAAUGAUCUUAAUCUCCAUCAGAGAAUCCAUACUGGGGAAUGGCCUUACCAGUGUACCACAUGCAGGGUGCGAUUUGUCGGAAAACCAGAAGGGGGGGGAUGUGUUUCAGAUUGUAAGCAAUAUCAAUGGAAAUACAUUGAACUGUGAUAAAAUCAUGUAGAAAAAUUGACGGUAUUAAGACCAGAAGGGGGGACAAUCCCCCCCAUCCCCCCCAUCCCCCCCUACAAAUCGCACCCUGACCACAUGUACAGUAGAAAGGCCUUUGUAGUAAGGGUCAACCGAUGUAGGUUUUUCAAUGGCCAAUGCCGAUUUUGCUCCAUCACCCUUGGCCAAUGGCGGAGAUGGACUGCCGAUUUCCUUAAGCCGAUAUUUGGGGCCAAUGACGGUCAUGUGUAAAUGUGUGGGUUGAAAUGUGCUGCGUGCUCUAAUAUAAAGUCUUGCCAUUAGUUUGCUGAUGAACGAACUAAACUGGAAAUUUAGGUGAUGUGAAAAGGGCGCUGAGAAACACUGCUUUGCAAUACUUAAAAGAUGUAGUUUUGUUUGAUAUCCCUGUAAAAUAGGUUUUAUGACUUAAUGCCAGUUCAAAAUAUUACAAAUGUCAAGGUGUAUGAAUGUUUAUGCAAGGCAAAGUUAUGUCUGAAUGUGCCCAAGUUCAAAAUAUUAAACAUUUCAAGGGGUAUGAAUACUUGUCUGACUUGUCUGUUCAAAAGUGCUGGAUGAUCUUGCCAACAGCUAUGUUGAAGACAAGAAAUAUGUUAUAUUGUU